AAUUAUUAGAAAAGAAAUCAAAUAAAAGUAGAAAAAUAUUGCCCGCGUGUUAUUCCAUAAAUUGCUUGUAUGCGGCGUUUGAAGAAGUUAUCCAAGAGUCACAGUGUGACGGGAACAUUGGAAAUUGAUGGAAAUGGAAGUGCAACAGCAACUGAUUGUGGAGGGGAAGGCGGUGACACGGCUUCAGCGGCAACGGCGGCGGCGGCGGCAAUGGAUACCAAUGGCAGUGGUGGCAAGGAUACACUCUUCAAUUCCGAAAUCUUUAAGCAUUUUGAUAAAUCCGGCCGCAGUGAAUUUAUGAAGUAUCUAAAACAACAACUUCAGGAUUGCUCCGAUAGUCCAGUCUUUGAUCGCAAUGGCAUCUUUAAGCAGGGUAUAUCGAAUGCCAUUUACGAAUUACUCUGGCAGGCCAUACGUUAUACACACAAGAAAGAUUUGGUUCUACAUGUGCUAAUCGAAGUUGUGGCUCUGCACAAAGAGUUUCCCAGUCUCAUUUUGGAUGUGGUCAAUAUUUUGGAUAGCGAAACAUCUCUAAUGACUGAUGGUCUUCAUGAGGAGCGUCAUGGUUUUGUUCAAUUGGUCAAGGAUAUGGAUAAGGUGGUGUCAGAGAGUUUGCUCAAAGAACGUUUAGAAAUCGACACACUCCAGGAGGUGGGGAUAGUGAAGAAUAAAAGUUUCUAUACCAAAUUCAUUAAGGUCAAAACAAAGUUAUACUACAAACAGCGUCGUUUUAACCUAUUUCGUGAGGAAAGCGAGGGAUUUGCCAAGCUGAUAACAGAGCUAAAUCAUGAUUUUGAAGAUAAUACAACUCCUGAGAGCAUUAUGGAUAUCAUUAAAUCAUUGAUAGGAUGUUUCAAUUUGGAUCCUAAUCGUGUGCUUGAUAUAAUAAUUGAAUCAUUUGAGACACGACCCGAUCGUUGGCAGCUAUUUAUACCGCUGCUACGUAGCUAUAUGCCCACCGGUGCCAUUAUCUGUGAGGUUUUGGGCUAUAAAUUCUGUCAUUUCAAAGAUGGACGCACGCCACGAUCUCUAUACCAUGUGUGUGCGCUUCUGUUGAAACAUGGAGUGAUUGAAUUGAAUGAUGUCUACUUAUGGCUAACGCCAAAUGAUGGCAACAUUAAAGCUGACUGGGAAGAGGAACUGGCUGAGGCCAGGGAAAAAGUUCGAAGACUGCAUUUGAUUACCACCAACAAGAAGGGAGAAGAUAAAGAACCACCACCGCCCCCAACCACAAAGAAAUUCGAUGAGGACAAGUAUAAUGUCAAUCAAAAGUUUGGUCUCUGCGAGGCUCUACUACGUGUUGGUGACUGGGAUAAUGCCCUAAAGAUCAUACAAAAACUGCCAGAUCAAUCGGUUGUGGUGCAAGAGCCCAUUGCCAAGGCCAUUGCCGAAUUGGUGCAUCUGUCUGUCGAACAGAUUUACUAUAAUAAAUGCUUUAAAGCCCCAGCUGGACGUAAGCCAAGUCGAAGCCGGCUUUACGAGGAUGGCAAACUCGUUGCCAAGAUGCAGGCACGGGAAUUUAGUGAUUUAAGGCAAUAUACAUGGCCCAUGGCUAAUGUCUUGGGGCCGGCCAUGCACUGUGACACGGUGCUAAUGUACAAAUUGAUACGAAUUAUGGGCAAACUAAUGAUAGAUAUGGGUGUCGAUAGUUUGAAUAGCCCGCCAGCUAACUCCGAGGCAGAAUUACAUUACUAUGACAUAAUGACCUGCAUGGAUUCAUGUAUUUUGCCAUCCCUGCUCUAUUUGGAUAACAAUUGUUCCAUGUCUGAGGAGAUUUGGGCUGUGCUUAAAUAUUUUCCCUAUCAUUUCCGUUAUAGUCUAUAUGCGAGAUGGAAAAAUGAUAGCUAUCAAUUGCAUCCAAAUCUAAUUAUACGUCAUGGCCUGGCCCAAAGAGAUAUCAAGGCCCUAAUGAAACGUGUUAGCAAGGAUAAUGUCAAACAAUUGGGUCGUCUAGUGGGUAAAAAUAGCCAUUGCGCACCCGGACUACUCUUCGACUAUAUCCUACUGCAAAUACAAAUUUAUGAUAAUCUUAUUGGACCAGUUUGCGAUAUGCUUAAAUACUUGACUGCCUUGUCAUUUGAUUGUCUCGGCUAUUGCAUUAUUGAAUCACUGACUUUAACUGGUCGCUUAAGAUUUAAAGACGAUGGCACUUCCCUCUCCCUUUGGCUACAAAGUUUGGCUUCCUUCUGCGGCGCCAUUUACAAGAAAUAUGGCAUUGAGUUGAGCGGUCUUCUGCAAUAUGUGGCCAAUCAAUUGAAAUCACAAAAAAGUUUAGAUCUCUUGAUACUUCGGGAAAUUGUCCACAAAAUGGCCGGCGUGGAAUCAUGCGAAGAGAUGACCAACGAUCAAUUGCAGGCCAUGUGCGGCGGUGAGCAAUUACGCGGCGAAGCAGGCUAUUUCAGUCAAGUGAGAAAUAUGAAAAAAUCAUCGAAUCGCCUUAAGGAGGCUUUGGCCAACAAUGACCUUGCCGUCACCAUUUGCCUGUUGAUGGCCCAACAGAAGCAUUGUGUAAUCUAUCGUGAAACUGCCGCCCAUAGUCAUUUGAAAUUGGUCGGAAAUCUUUAUGAUCAAUGUCAGGAUACCUUAGUGCAAUUUGGUACCUUCUUGGGCUCUACCUAUUCGGUGGAUGAGUAUGUGGAGCGUUUGCCAUCGAUUAUCACCAUGUUAAGGGAAUAUCAUAUUAAUACAGAUGUUGCGUUCUUUCUGGCCCGGCCCAUGUUUACCCAUCAGAUAAAUCAAAAAUACGAUCAACUACGUAAAGCUGAUCCAAAUGCCAAAAAAUUGACGGCCACACAAAAGCUACAGAAAUAUCUAGAGGCCACACAAUUGAUAAUGAAUCCCAUUGUGGAGUCAGUGCGUCCAUUGCAUAGUGCUAAGGUAUGGGAGGAUAUUAGUCCACAAUUUUUGGUCACCUUCUGGAGCAUGAGCAUGUACGAUUUGCAUGUGCCCAAUGAUAGCUAUCAACGUGAAAUUGGUAAACUAAAGCAAUUGGCUCAACAGGCAGCCGAGGCCAAAGAUUCGAAUCAAUCAAAGAAUAAAAAGGAACAGGAACGAUAUAUAGCCCUUAUGGAGAAAUUGAAUGAUGAGCGUAAAAAACAACAUGAACAUGUGGAUAAGAUAUCACAGCGUUUGCAAGAGCAAAAAGACAGCUGGUUCCUGCUGCGUUCGGCUAAAUCAGCAAAAAAUGAUACAAUAACACAAUUUCUGCAAUUAUGUCUAUUCCCGCGCUGCACAUUCACCGCCUUGGAUGCAUUAUAUUGCGCCAAAUUUGUCCAUACCAUACACAAUCUAAAGACUUCAAAUUUCUCCACUUUGUUAUGUUAUGAUCGGAUCUUUUGCGAUAUAACGUAUUCGGUUACUUCCUGCACAGAGGGCGAGGCAACACGCUACGGUCGCUUCCUGUGUGCCAUGUUAGAGACCGUGAUGCGUUGGCAUGCCGAUCAGGCUGUAUUCAAUAAGGAAUGUGCAAAUUAUCCUGGAUUUGUAACCAAAUUUCGGGUUAGCAAUCAAUUCUCGGAGGCUAACGAUCAUGUGGGCUAUGAGAAUUAUCGUCAUGUAUGCCAUAAAUGGCAUUAUAAAAUCACCAAGGCAAUUGUAUUUUGCUUAGAUUCCAAGGAUUUUAUGCAAAUACGUAAUGCAUUAAUUAUAUUGAUGCGUAUUUUGCCACAUUAUCCUGUCCUAGCGAAAUUGGCCCAAAUAAUUGAACGUAAGGUGGAUAAAGUGCGUGAAGAGGAGAAAACAAAGAGACCAGAUUUGUAUGUGAUAGCCUCUAGCUAUAUAGGACAAUUGAAAUUAAAAACAUCGAAUAUGAUAAAGGAGAGUGAUUUCCAUCAAAUGGCCGAGAGGCCAGCAAAAGAAGCCACAACUGCUGGUGCAUCGGCUAAUGGAACAGCAGCGGCAGGAAAUGCCAUUAAAGUUUUAGCAUCUGAGAAACUUGGUCAGGCAGCAACUGCAGCAAAUGCUUCAGCAAACGCCUCAGCACCAGCAACAGCAACAACAACGAAAUCAAGUGGUGCCUACAAUAAUAACAGCGACCAAAAGCAAAGUAGCAAGGAACCAGAAUCAAAAACUUCUGCUCCAGGUGCUCGCAGUGAAACGAAAUCCCACAAAUCCGACGGCAACUCUUCCUCUAAUUUAGUGUCGAUCCCUGUAACAUCCUCAACCAGCGAACGUGAGAGUAGCAAGCAACCACAUGAGUUACCUGCUCCCAGGGAAUCACAGGCAACUGUCAAAGAGGAGACUGUCGAUCAACAGGUAUCCAGCAAUGGUAACCAAAAUGAUCGACGUAAGCGAGAGGAGGAGAACGAUCGGGAAAAUGAUCGACGUCGUAGCUCAAGGGAUAACAAUCGUAACAGCAGCACUAAGGAUCGUUCAGAAGCAGCAGCAGCCGAGCCACCAUCACGCGCCCGAGAACGUUCACAUCGUCUGGAGGAUUUGGAGGUGGCAACGGCAGCAGCAUCGUCACAGCGCAAGAAGAUAUCGCGUCGUGAUGAGCAACAGCAGCAACAAACACGCCAUCGACAUGAUCUGGAGACUGUGGAUUUGGUGGCCAGUAGUAGCAGCAAUAGCGAGCAUCAACAUCAGCGACACUAUGAUGAGUACGAGGGCAGGAUAAGAGAUCGAGACUUGAGCUCCGUUUCCAAUGAAAGCAAUGGAUCAUUGCAGCAUCGACGAAGUCAUGAAACAAUUGAAUAUGACAGAGAUUCAAAACGUCGAAAAUUGGAAUCAUCAUCGAGCAGUUCAAAGAAAGUUGAAGAACUCGUUGAUAGCGUGAAGAAGGCCCGUGGACUCAAGACCAAAGAGCGAAACAAAGAAAAGUUAUCCGAUGAGGAGAGAGAUGCUCGCAAGGAUCGAAAAAUGGGACGCAAGAGAGACCGCAAUGAAGAGUCCAGCGGCGCCGAUCAUAAGCGUCGUCGUGAUGCACAAAAUGGCAAUGAUGAUGAUCUAAGAGAACGCGAACGCCAUAGAGACAAGUCACCACGCGAGCGAUCACAUGAGAAAUUCGAUCGAGAAAGAGGCGGCAGCUCACGUGGCGAUGAUCGUCAAUAUAGUAUGUCCAAAUCCACACGCUCCUCGAGAAUCAAUUAUUGAAUGCAACAAAAUGAAUGGAAUUGUCUAUACAAGAAAAUAUGCAUUGUGAAACGCA